AUGUGGACGUGCUUGCUGUCUGUGCCCCGAGGGCCCUUGCGCCACGCGGCAGUGACUGGGGGCACCCAGUGCCAUGACACGUCUGGUGUCUACCUGGCCCAGCACUGGCUGCGGGCCCCGGGGGAGCUGCAGAGACCCAGCUUCGCCACGCCUGGGCUGGCCAAGCCGGUGGCCACAGCUGCCGGCCGUCGCUGCAUGGGCCGGGACCCCAACCGCACCUUCACCAGCGACUUCCUCACACGAGUGGCCAACCUGGAUGACCCAUGCAAGGUGACAAGGGCCCGAGAACUGAACCAGCUGCCGGGGCCCCAGGCCUCAGGCCGGGCCUUCGGCUUUGUCCUUGACCUGCACAGCAGCACGGCCAACACGGGCACCUGCCUCAUCGCAGAAGCUGCCCACAAGGUCUUUGCCAUGCACCUGUGCCACCACCAGAGCCCCAAGGUGCCCUGCCCAGCCCUGUACCAGCUGCCGGGGUGGGGGAGUUAUAGCCUGGACCCCUUGGCCAAGAACGGAAUGGUCCUGGAGCUGGGCCCCCAGCCUCAGGGUGUGCUGCGCAGGAUGAGGACCCUGGUGGCCAAAGUCCUGGACUUCAUCGAGCUCUUCACCCAGGCACAUGGAACGGGCAGCGUGGACCGGCCACGCACGGAGGCGGGGACCGGGCAUCCUCAGCUGCAGGACUGAGGCUUCCAGACCCUACAGCCCGGUAUAGCCAUCCUCCAGAUGUCCGGUGGUGAGAAUGUGCUCUGUGAGGGGGGGGCCGCCGUGUACCCCAUGUUCAUCAACAAGGCCACCUACUAUGAAAAGGGCAUUGCCUCCAUUCAGGCGGAGAAGCUCACGUUCUCCGUGCCUGCCCUGCCGCGCUGGCCCUCACCCCCACCCCAGCCCCUGACCCAGGCCGGACCCGCACAGCCUCAGCCCUCCCAUCUGAACAAUGGGUCCCGAGCCACAGUCUUGCUCCCGGGCACCCCUUUGCCUUCUGCUGUAUACCAUGUUUCUGGCCAUACCCCCAUGCCUCCGUACCUCAGUUUCCCAUCUAUAAAAUGGAAGAUGUCCAGGGGUUAA